UCCUCAUUUGCAUUUUAGAAAAGUGAAAUUGUUCUUUAGAUGAAGGACAGAGCCACAAAAACCCGCAACCUGAGCCAGAAAAUGUUAUGAUUGAAUUAGAUCCAGCCCUCCCUCCCCUCCUCGGCUCGCUCCGUGGUUCAUUCCAGCCGCUCUGGAUCCGCGGAGCGAUGCGCGUCUCUGCUGUCAUCUCCACACUGAGCAAAGCGCUUCAAUCACAGCGCUGUAACAUCAGCAACGUCAAUAUGGAUGGAGCGAUCAGGACCGACAUCACCGAGAUUGCUUUGUGCUCAACUGUUUAGAAGAAUGCAUCAGCUGCCUGUAGACACUUUCUCUGAAUUCUCCUGGCCCUUGGCUGUGGGGUCGUGAGCAGCUACCAUGACGUACAGCAACUCCAGCUCACUGACAGCCAACCUCAGUGGAGCUCUGGAUAGCUAUGACUCCGGGGGAAACCUGUAUAGACCAUUUUCCGUUUUCAGUGUCCUCACUCUCACUUUACUGGUAAUGCUGGUGGUGGCCACCUUUGUAUGGAACCUGCUAGUACUGGUUACCAUCCUGAGGGUGAGGACAUUCCAUCGGGUACCACACAACUUGGUCGCCUCCAUGGCCAUCUCGGAUGUGAUGGUUGCCGCGCUGGUUAUGCCUCUUAGCCUAGUCCACGAGCUAAAUGGCAGGCUGUGGAAACUUGGACGUGUGCUCUGUCAGGUGUGGAUCUCAUUCGAUGUGCUCUGCUGCACGGCCAGCAUCUGGAACGUCACCGCUAUAGCACUGGACCGCUACUGGUCUAUCACCAGGCACCUGCAGUACACGCUCAAAACUCGAAAAAAGAUCUCCAAUGUAAUGAUUGCACUCACAUGGCUGCUAUCUUCCAUAAUCUCACUAUCACCACUCUUUGGCUGGGGGGAGACAUACUCUGAAGGAAUGAAGUGUCAAGUGAGCCAGGAGCCAUCCUACACCAUCUUCUCCACCUUUGCGGCAUUUUACCUCCCACUUUGUGUGGUUCUGUUUGUCUAUUGGAAGAUUUACAAAGCUGCCAAGUUUCGCAUCGGCACUCGCAAGACAAACUCAAUUACGCCCAUGGCUGAGGUAAAGGAGGAAGCCCAACAGCCACAGAUGGUGUUCACCGUUCGCCACGCAACCGUGACCUUCCAGACUGAUGGAGACACAUGGCGGGAGCAGAAGGAGAAAAAAGCAGCCCUUAUGGUUGGAAUUUUGAUCGGCGUUUUUGUGCUUUGCUGGAUCCCUUUCUUUAUCACUGAACUUAUUGUACCACUGUGUUCCUGUGACAUUCCACCAAUUUGGAAGAGCAUCUUUCUUUGGCUUGGAUAUUCAAAUUCCUUUUUUAAUCCACUAAUAUACACUGCCUUUAAUAAAAACUACAACAAUGCCCUAAGGAACCUAUUCUCCCGACAGCGCUGAGCUGAUCUGUGCGCUUGGCAGUUGUGCUGUUUGCAGUGUUAAACCCCCUAACAGACUGAAUGAUCACUUCUUAAUCUCAUCAAAUGGUGAGAACCACAAACUGUGUCUAGAAAAUCUGCAGUGUGCAUCACUGAAGUCAGUAUCAAUGUGUUUUGUUUAUUGAGACUGAGACAAACAUCUUUUUUCAUUUUUGAAGUUUGGAUAUAAAUUGGCAUGUUUUUUUAAAAGAGUGAUGUGAGAAUUUGCUAGGUUGACAAAAGGUUUCUGCACAUGAAACAUAUUUAAUACUAAAAUACCUAGAGUAAAAAUAUAAUGCAGGUUUCCGACGAUGUUUUGUUUGGGAGUAUGCAAAAGCUAUUCAAACCAGACAGGCCCUAUGAGAAGAAGUAUUUAUCAACCUUGUUAAAUCAUGAAUUAACUUUGAUAAACCACAGUUCUAUUUCGCUAGCCACAUUCGGGCCGAAUCAUUACCUGAGCCGAAGGACAAAGAAAUUACAAUAAAGCCAAUAUGACAACAUUAAGAAGGCUUAAAGAUCUUAAAAGCAGAAAAGUCCAAAUAUAUUCAAGAACAGAUAAAAAGUCAGCAUUCAUCUGAAAGAGGGUUUACAAAGCCCUUUCUAAGUCAUGUAUGUCAUGAUGUGUGAGUUAGGAACAGAAACAAAAUGCAGAAAGGAACUCAGGAGCCGCAUGAUAAAUCUAAGGAUGGAAUAUCAACUAAAUUAAUCCUACAAUAACUCAGAAAAUAGAGCCCAGGCAGAGAAGCAGGGAUGCAGAGAACAUUGUAGAACCAUGGAAGAAUUCAGCCAUGAGCAAUGACACCCAGUAAGCUUGUUUAGUAAGGGAGGGGUGUAAAAAUGACAAGAAAGCAUGAACAGCAUACAGAAAAGAUGUGGAGCAUCUAUUGCAGUAGGAAAACGAACAAGCUGAGGGAAAAAAUUAACCGAGUAUGAAACCAACAAACUGUCAACCAAACCAGAAAUAGAGAAGUAGCAAAACAGAACAUAAAACAUCACAAACAAGAAAGGAAAUACAGAACCAAAGAACCUAGAGACUGUAAUUUUGUGACUCCAUCAAACCAAAGUGAUACUAAAAUUUUAGAAUCAGCGGCUGAUUUAGCAUAGACAGACUAUAAAAACGAUGUUCCUUUGAAGAAGGUUCUUGGUUCACUUCCCCAGCCUAAGAUCUUUCUGCAUGGAGUUUGCGUCUUUUCACUGUGAAUGUUGGGUUCUCUCUGGGUACUCCAGUUUCUUCCCACAGUCCAAAAACAUAACUGCUGGGUUAAUCGAUGUUUUUAAAUUUCCCUCUUGUGUGGGCGCAUGGUUGUUUGUAUCUGUGUUGCCCUGCAAUAGAAAGGAAAGGUGUAACCUGCCUUUAGAGCAUAGACGAUGGAGAUAGGCAUCAUCAGCCCCACUGCGACCUUGAAGGAUAAGAGAAAGAAGAUGGAGUAUAUAAAAGCUUUGCCAACCAAUGUAAUAAUAUUGUUGCUUUUUUUCUCUUUGUGUAAAAUGUCUUCUGUUCGGUAAGAAUAGAUUUUGAACACUAUGAUUUAGUUUAUGCCUGCUGCUACUUUCCUGUCUUCCUGAUGGUAUGAACUUCCAUGACAGCAGUUCUCUAUUUCUAGUUGAAAAGGUAGACAUACGUCAAUAGUUGUUAUCAGAGCCCCCGACUUUAACAAGAAAAUGCCAUCUGUAGGACUUUGUGAUCAGAUGCCGCACAGUUGGAGAAAACUUACUUUGUGUCAUUACUUUUUACUUUAUUCCUAAAAUGGUAAAGACAGUUUAUGUGUGUUGCAUUUCAACAGAAGGACAUUUUCCAAAACACUUUCCCAUUUCGCUUGAUAGCAACAUCAAACCAAGUGCAGCCUGUAGUAACGGACACCUGUACUGAAACAGAGGAAGCUAUGGUUAGCAUCUGUGAAAUUAUCCUCUUGGCCAACACAAAGGCUGUAUUUCCAAGUCCUGAAGGAGGUGGUGAUGAGAUAUGGAGCAGGGUGCUAGGGUGUGACCCCUGGAGGAAGAAGCUUGUCUUACCUGAACAUGUUGGAAAUUUCACAAUUCUUACCAGAGUGUAGUUAAGGGCUGAGAUGGACUCUACCACUCUGUUUUCCUUUUCUUCUUUACCCAUCCCUUGAUAGAUAGCAAGAUUAGUAAGCUGGGAUAUUUUUACAUGCAGGCUUGAAUGACUAAUGUAGUCUUUGAGUUAUUACAGUCUGAAGUUGUUGAACAAUAAAUAAUCAAAAGUAAAUUCAUUAUUUUUGCCUUAUGCAUUUUUUAAUAAGCAGAAAUAGAUUAUUUGUUUUCGCAGUUUGUUUGUGUGAUAAUCCGGUUAAUAAUCAUGUUUCUCGUAACAACAUGUGCAUGUAGAUUGGUUCAAUAAUGAACUCAGACUUUGAUUCAAACAGUAGCUUCUGCCGAUUUUUACCUCUGAAAAAUAUUUCUUUCUUUGGGAUAGAAACAAACUGCAAUUCUUUAAAUGAAAUUACACUCCUACAGACUGAUGGAGGAGUUUAGCUGGUGCGAACCAACAGCAUUAAAAAAAAAAAAAAUCUUUUUACUACACCAACAGGUUAAAGGUAUAGUCGAGGGUUUUCGCAAAUUUUAGACAUAAGCCUAUUUCUCCUUGUGUGUGCUCUGUUUCAAAUUUGCUGCUUCCAUCGCUCAUGCAAGCUUACUUUCCAAAAGAAGAUUUGCAAUUUUUCCAUCGUGUCAGACUCAUCACCUAAGCAAAAAUAGGGACGAGCAUGUAGAACGGCCUUAUGUAAACACAUCACCAGAAUGAUUGACAAUUAGGAGGACUACUUCUUUUGAUGAUCCACACAAAAAAAGAACAUCGUCCAAUAUCCCUUUAAAAUAGUGGUCAAACCGUAAUGUCAGCGAUUUUUAUUCGUAAAUUCUGUGGGAGAAUAUACGGUCAUCAAACUUGCAACCUUAGGCUCAUGCACUUUUGGGAAAUGCAGCAGGAUGACAUGGCAGUAACCCAUCGCUUAAAAAUCAGUUCAUGUCUGAAUUAAAAACAAGAAUAUAUACUUUUGGGUUAAGCCAACAAGCAAAGCGUGAAACAAAUAGGCUGACCAAAGAAACUAGCUAAAGAGCAAUGCUUUCUCAAAAAGGGCCAGGUUGGUUUGGAUAGCAUUUUUUCCUCAUAUUAUAUAAAAUCCUUAUUUUAGAAAUCCCUUAUGGCUGUGUAAAGGAUAUUUUUUUGUCAUUUAAAUAAAUCUUAUGAGGUAAGUGCAAGAAAAAAAAGCCACAAAAAGGGAAAUAUGUCAGAAUGAACGUAGAAUUUAACAGUGUUUUUCCAUUAUUGUCAAAUGUUGGUUUUAUCUUUUUCAGGCUAAUAAACAAAAAAGGCAUUGUAACUCCUUUAUACUGUUUCAUCAUGUCUGAGGAAUCUACUCACAACAGUGUAUGGAGUAUACUUCAAGAAAAGAGAAAUCUGUUUGAAAAAAACAAAAUGAGACUCAUAAAUAAUAAGCCAAGAAACAACUGUGGAUUUUGUGGAGAAGGAGAUACUUAACAUAUCGUUAUAGAUUACAUUAAAAUA